AUGGUUGGCGAGGACAUAGUUAUGGGAAACGUGACAUUCCGGAUACACAUCUUCAAUUGUUUUAUUGUUCCGUGUUCCUUCGGAUUCACUCUGUGUUUGACAGAGCUCUACCACAGAGACGGGAGACCACCAGGCUGUGUUACAAAGACCCAAGUCCGACAGAUAGAACUGAUGAUAUGUGACGCCGGCGGAAGCAGCAUGUUCGACAGCCUGCGUCAACUGUCCUACAACGACGGGGACGUGAUAGUGAUAUGCUACUCCAUCACUGACCGAGACUCGCUGCAGAACGUGUCGGAGAGAUGGCGUCCAGAGAUGCUGAGUCAUGUCACCUCUGACCGCCCGAUCGUCCUCGUGGCAACGAAGAAGGACCUUCGAGACUCCGAUCAUUCUUUCAGCAGCGUCCGUGGCAGCGACAAGCUUCAUCAGGAGCCGGUGACCACCCUUGAGGGUCAAGAGAUGAGGGAAAAGCUGGACGCCGUGGACUUCAUUGAAUGCUCGGCAAAACAGGACGACGGUGUGCGCGAGUUGUUUCAGAGAGUGGCCGAGGUUGGCCUGGAGUCUAGUAGGUCACGGCGAAAGAAGUUUUGUCGGCAGUCGUGAAAAGGAUGGAUGGGACUGCGGGCAGCGCAGGUGUACAACGUAUAGAGACUGACACCAUGUCUAUUGGGGACAAGCGAGGCGCCGUUGUUAGACCUGGAAUUUGUGUUUCAAGUAAUGAACAGACGACCAAACAAUAUGAUGUUUGAAUAAAAAAAUAAUUCCGUUACGUCAUCGUUUUCUGUUGAGUUACCAGGAUUGCAUUAUACAGAUAAAAGAUCAAGCACUAUGAGUUGUGUCGAUAUCAAAAAAAAAAAAAAUCAAAUAUGUCGGGACCACGUUACAUCUGUAAAGGUGCAGCUGUCUCAGACGGAGAGAAAUCUAUGACACAUACGAGUAUCAUUCAAUCAAAACGUUCACUAAAAUCCGAUGCCUAUCUCCAACGGGGAAAGCCACAGAUCGAUCUCAUUUCAAGCAGACCUUUUACUCCUGUCUCAAACAUUUUUUUAACUGCCAUCCGUCUGGUGCAUUAAAACACUGUACAUUGUAGCUCGAUCCAGACAGACUUUCUCUGACGGAAAGAGGUAUCGAAUCGAAUAAAGGUCUUACAGAAUUACAAAACAAGAAAUCUCACAGAAGUUAGUAGCUUGGUCCGGCAGGUGUUCUCUGAAUAAAGGUCGUACUAUUCCCAAUCACACGUCUCCUCUCCCUAUAUAAAUAUGAAAAAACAACAACAACAAAACAUGGACACAAACAAGGGUGCAAGUCAUUUGGCGCUAAAUUAAAGCUUGGGUGGUUCACGCGAACAUUGUAUGCAUUUUUGUUUAAAUUUCAAAAG